GUCAUAUUUCACGGAGGCGUUGGUCACACUUGCAUCAUGAUGCCAGUACUUAACCAUCUUCUUUUAGUUUUGUUAUUCUCAGCAUUUGCCGCUCGCGGCCAGCAGGGCGCGGCGGAGGGAGGAGCGGUGCCCGCGGAGCGGUUCCAGGUCACCAAGGACGUCAAGUUCCUCCUGUACACCAAGAGAAACCCCUCGUCUGCUCAGACGAUUGUUCUGGAAGACCACGUGACUUCUCUUGGCAACUUCAACAAACUACACGAGACCAAACUCGUCAUUCACGGGUGGAUGUCGAGCGCUAGCAAGUUGGAUGCCAUUCGCGCAGGCUACAUGGCGGCGGGCGACGACUACAACGUGAUAGAGGUGGACUGGUCGGCUGGAGCCAGCACCUUGUACCCGAUGGCGCGCGGCUAUGUCGAGUGAUCACAUAGUCUAGCU